GCCUCAUUCACAGUCCCUUGUAGAGAAGAUAAGAGAAGGAGUCUUUAGGAACUCAGAAGAUGUAGACUCCCGCCGAAUGCUGAUGCAAGAGUCCCUGACCAGGUCCUCUCAAGCCCUGAAGAGGCAUAAACAGCAUACAGAAGAUAUGUCGUGAAAUGACAUGAAGAACUUGAUAGUUCCAUAGUGUCUUUAAUCCUUUUAUGAAAGAUAUUAAGUAAGAACAUUUUAUUUUAUUGAGAUAUUUGUAAAUCGUUGUAAGACCAGUCAACAGUCUUUUGUUUAUGUUAAAGAUGGGUAGUAGUAAAGGAAAUUUUCUUCAGUUCAAUAAUAGGAUGGAUGAAAUAAAGAGAAAGUGACAGAUUUUAUUUUCAUGUACAUAACACCCAUCAUAAAAUGUAUGUAUUGUUACAUAUCUGUACAUAUACUUGUAAUUUUAUAAGAUAUGUUACUCAAAUAAAGUGAAAAAUAUAAUCACAAGACCAAAGAUGAGUGCUAGUAGAGCAGGCCGCCUGUCUCGAAAGAGAAAAAAAGAAGAUGACUGCCUGACAUUUACCAGCAUACAUGAUAUCACUGACGACUUCCAGGAAGCAGCCACUGUGUUCAGAGUUCCAAAGAAAGCAAAAACAGAAAAGCCUCCACCAGCUCCAAGGCAACGAGGCCGUCCCAAGAAGUCUAACACCGGAAGACAGAAUUCACAAAUAGCAAAUAAGACGAGUGGAAACAGCUCCCGAAAUGAGGAUUCCAGUCCAGAAAUCUUGGAUGAGGCGAACGAGUUUGAGGUCGAGAAAAAACCCAAAGAUGCAAACCUGGAAAAAGACACUGGGUCACAGCAGCUUGGAGAAGAUGAGGAGUUCCUGGAAUUAGAGCAGUCAGUGUGCUCUGAAUCUGAGAAGCUGUGUCCUUCUUGUAAGCAUAUUGUUCCUUCGGCCCUAAUCGGUGAUCACAUAAAAGAGUGCAUGCAAAAAUUCAAACUAGUGAGAAGAUCUGAGAGAAAGAGAGAUAUUGAAGAUGAUGAUGAUUUGAAGGAAGUUCUUCCGCAUCCAGUUUUUUCAAAGUCCAUUGAAAGGAACCCCCAAAACCCACCUGCAAAACCAGAAGUCAGAGAAAGGACAAAAAGUUCUGCAACAACUGAGGAGGCCAAGAAUAAGCGUGAGGCUAGAAAAGCCACUAAAAAUGCCAAGAAUGAUCCUGAUCUGGCUAUGGCAUUGGCUCUCUCCCGCUCAAUGGUUGAAGACGAAGCAGAAAAGAGGGCGUCUAGGGAGGAAAAACUCUUAGAAUUAGGACUAGGUGAUAUUGUGGAUGAAGACAGGAAAGCACAGCCUCUAUUGUUGCCUCUUCAAUCUGCUGCUGGAAAAAGUCAGUCAUCAAAAGGGCCUGCCAAAGGAAAAGGAAAAAAGCGCAAUGCUGUAUUACGUAAUACGGUCCUCCUUAAUCGCUCUAAAGAAGAAAGAGAAAAUAUAAUUAGUGAAAAGGUGGCUGCCCUUUUAGCCUCCGAAGACACACACAUGAAGGAGUGGACAGGACUAGGGAAUGGCUGCAGGAAUGGACCUUUGUUGAGGUAUAAAGACAAGAAAUGCAGCCUUUGGGAAGCAGCCCAUAGUCAUGUUGACCAGGCGUUAAGUGAAUUUUAUGUGCCUGAUCUGGAACCCUACAUAGAACCCAAAAAGGUUGCUGUUGGAGGCUUAUUGAGAAGACUGUCGCAGAUUCCUGGUCGAUUGAAUUUAACAGCUAUGGAUGAGAACUCGGAUUCAGACAGUGAUGGAGAGGGAGGCAGAGGCUAUGCUGUGGACCGAGACAGCACACAAUCUGUCCUGGCAGAACUACUAGGAUCCCAAGAUUGUCUAGAUAUAACACGUGCACAUAAUGCAAUUGAGGCUGAAGAUCUAUCAAAGUUUCAGGAUUUCGAAGAUGCUGGAGCAGACCCAAAUGUUACUAUGGAAGCUGCUAGUGGGUUCUGGGUGUUAAGGCUACCAGGUGAAGGUUCUGAAGAUAAUGUAAAAGGGGACAGGGAAAGCAGUGAAGAAAAGGAGGAGGAAAAUAAGAGGGACUCAAGUGAGAGAAUAUUGGGGACUGGGAGUGCAUGUGACAGUGAUGAUGAUAAGAGUGUUGGUGACUGUGUUAAAGACAACCAAGCAGAUGAGGGUUAUUCUCUAUCAUCAGAAACCAAAACUGAAGAUAUGGAAGUGGAUAGUGCGCAGAAAAGCAAGGCGGUGUCUUUUAGUACUAUUGAUUUAGUUAAUGACAGUGCUUCUUUGGAAUCUUGUGUCAUUGAUGAAGUGGUGAUGAAUCCUUUGGAAAAAAGUGAUAAGGACAAGAGCUUAAAAACAAUUUGUGAUGGUGCUCUAGAGAAUGAUACCUCUCACGACAAUUCAGAAAAUGCAGUGCUUGAGGAUGUUAGAUCUGAAAAAGAGGUUGGUAAACAGAUACCGACAAACUGUGAUGAUAUAGAACACCGUAAUAGUGACGGAAGUGAGGAUUGUGAAAUUUCUAUUAUUUUAGAUACUAGCACUGGAAGGGCUGAGUGCAAUAAGGACAAGUUACAAGUUGAGGUGAGUAAUGUUAGUCUUGAACCUAAAGACUCUUCAAAUAAGCUACAAGAAGUGAGUGAUUUGGUGCCAGCUGAAGAUUUCCUUGAAAAAGAUUCAGAGUCUAGCAUGUCUUCCACAGAAACACAGAUAUUUCUUGAAAACGAAGACUGUAGCUUUAAUACAAGUUUAAGGCAGCGUCUACACACAGAGGAGACUAUCCUUUACACAGAUUCAGUGGACCUUUAUUUAUUAAAAAGUAGACAUGAAGAGAGCCAAGAAAAAAAACAGGAAUCAGAACAUUUGAACAAGGAUAAAGAAGAGAGAUUAACCAAGGCUGGAGACAAGCUAGGAGGCUCAACGAAAACCAGAAUUUCCUCGGAAUUACAGGCCAGGGGAAGCAACGGUGGACAGGAAGAAGGGGAUCAUGAAAAAAAGUAUUCAGACAAAUCUCUAGAACCUGGAUUCUCAGACCCCCUGCAUGCUAAACUUAUUUAUGACUGGGCUUCAUUAUUAGCCAGUGGUGAGGGAGCUGAUUUCACUAUUACUACAUCGGAAGGCAGUGAUCUCCAAGCACACGUCUUUGUUACCCUUGUAAGAUGUCCAAAGUUGUAUCAGGAAGUUCAGAGUGCAGGGAAAAAGGUCACUUGGACGGAUAUUUGUUUUGAAGGAGCAUAUGUGUUUCUCUCGUAUAUUUAUACUGGAACCUGUAAAAUUAAAGCAAAAGAUGACUCAUUAUGGAUGGAUGUUUUUGAUCUUGCUCUAAAAUAUGAAUGUGAUGAUCUUGUAACAUAUUUGGAAUCAUUGUAUAAAGCCAAUCCAUCUCCAGUCAAAUUAGCAACACCAUCACAUUCAAAAGAAAGCAUGGUAAACACAGAUGCAGGCAUAAUGCUGACACCAAAGAUGGGUAAUUCUCAAAUAGAAGGAAUUAUUGAUAAACGAGUCCGAAGGUGUUUAGAUCUCUCACCAGUGAAAAAUGUAUCAGUUUCCAGUAAUAAAAGAAGUGAUGAUCUAACAGCAGAGCCUGUACUGCAACCCAGUGAGUCUCCAGAGUUGAUGGUAAUGAGUAGUGAUCCAGAAAAGGAGGAUGGAAAAGGUAGCUCUCAGUCCCCAGAUCUCUUUAAUGAAUCUUGUGUAACUGAAAGUACAGCUUGUAAAACAUUUCCCCCUGGGUCAACACCAGUACUCGGUGGAUUUCAUCAGUCUCCAUGGGAUAAAGCUUUGCAGGAUGUACACAAAGAGUCAAGUUUGAGGCUCAGUGUGGAGUCAAAAACCUCACCUACAAAAUCUAUUUCCUCUGCUAGAUCAUCAGAUUACUUCAAGAGUAAUAAGCCAGACACAUCAUCUUCAGCUUCUCCAGAUCUUAGUAAUAUGAAGCAGGUAAAUGAUUUAGGGAAUUUAGGAGAAGAAAUUCAGGACCAAAAUUUGAGAAGGAAUGAAGAUGUAAAGGACCAGGAUGUAAAUGACUGCCCUGAAGAUAAAGAGACUGAUCUAAUUGAUCUGACAGUAUGCAGUUCAGGGAGUUCUCAUUCAGUUGGUACAAAGGCUGAUAAUUUGACUGCACCAAGCGUUCAAGUUGAUGCUCCCACAGAUUCAGAAACAGAAGAAAUGGAGCCAUUAAUGCUGGCUGAUGGAACAGACACAAAUUCAGAAGACAAUGGGGAAUGUCCUGAAGACCCAUGUAUGGCUGUUGUAAAUAUCAUGCAAGCAACACCAAAUAAGAGCCUAGACACAAAUUAUGAUAAACAAGAAGAGAGCAUGGAUAGGCCUUAUAUCAGUAAUAUAUGGGAUGACUUUGAUGACAUAGGAUGUGAGUUAUUGCCUAUUGAAGUUUCUCCUUCAACCCCAGUUAAAGCAGUGUUUACUCCAGCUGUUAAAGGACAUUACCAAGAUAAAGAAUUUAAUGUGUCCUAUGAUAAGGACAGUGUUUUUCCAAUUCAGAGUAAUUCACCCACAAAAGCAGCAGAAGAGACAUCAGGUGUAAUGCAGAAUAGAAAAUGGACUCCAGUGAAGCAGACUUCUUCUAAAACAGUUGAUUGUGAAGGUAAUAAAGACAGACCUAUUUCCAAUAUGCAGAGCAGACUGGGAAGUAGUGCACCUGAUGCUGUUGUAGCUUCAGGAUCAUCAUUCUCUGAUGAGACUUUAUUGCAAGUGGCAGAAGAGUUUGAGGACAGUAAUAUUUGGAAGGACGACUUUGACUCCAUCGAUGACGUCUCCGAUCCUUUACUUCAGAAAGAUGCAGGAAAAAUAUUAUCAAAAUCUAAGAAAAAUCUUUUAAAAACACCAAAGGAUAAGAUUAGUCCGAGUAAAAAGCCUGUGACACCAAUGCCAGACUACAAAAACAUGCCCUCUCCUGAUUUAAAGAAAGAGCUAGAGAAGUAUGGAAUUCGUCCUAUAAGUCGCCGGAAAGCCACAAUACUUCUCCAGCAUGUUUAUGAACAGACUCAUCCUCUGGUUACAGAUAGUGAGGCAGAGUCUAGUUUCUGUGAAACGCCACAGCGGCAACCACCUGAGAAAAACAAGAAAAGUAUAUCAACACUUCACCAGAAAGUCUUGGCAAAGAAGGCAGCACUUCCAAAGAACAAGAAAGAGAGGCCUAAUAACAAAAGAAAGAAUGCAGGUGCACAGCCGCAGCCAAGUUUAUCUGCAAAACAAAGAGAUGACAGAGAAGAGGAAGAAGUCUGUGAUCAACUCAAUUCUUCGCAGACGUCAACCACCAGCGCUGAUGGGUCGGAAUUUGACUGUGCUGAAGAAUCAAUGAUGGUGGGCAUUGGUGAUAAUGAUGAUGUGUUAACUUCUACUCAGCAAGUUGAUAUUGGCACUAAAGUGGCAAAGUUCAUUAAGUGUGAUCCAGAACUGUAUAUGAAAAUACUUCUGUAUGAACCCAUCUUUGUUGAAGAUUUACAAGCAUCACUAAAAGCAAAUGGAAUCAAAACAAACAUCAACAAUCUUCUUGAAAUACUAGAUGAACAGUGCAUCACAUUCCGAACUCAGCAAGGACAGAGGAACAGAUCGAGGAAAAGGAAGUCACCGAAGAAGAAGAAUGCCGCCUCCCCAACCAAGUCACCCGAAAAGAAUUCUUGAGACUACCUAAUACUGUGCUCAGAAAAAAAAGUUUCUCAGUCUUCCGAGAGAGAAUUGUGUUGAAUCCUGUUGAUGAUUUUUUUCCAGUUGACUACUGUAUUAUUAAGAUGACAAAACAGAUAGAAUAAUGUUGAUCUAGAAGUUUUGAAUAUACUCAGGACAGACUUUUUUAUUACUCUUUUCGGUUGAAUAAUAUAGCGAUACUGUACACUUAUUUUUGUAAUGACAUUAUACCUAGAAAAAUAGAAAUAUUGUUUAUGAAAGAAAAUAAUUAUGCAUUUCAUCAGGUUGCUUGCACAAUGCAUUAGUCUGUAACAUGAGUAUUUUUUUUUUUUUGCUUUGGUGUACCUACCCUGUGAUACAGUAUGUCAUACAUUAUUGCAUACAUUUUUUUUGGUGUAAUAAAUAUUCUCACUUAUUAAUAUAUUUGUAUAUUAUAUUGAAUUAGAUUUGAAGCAGAUUUCU